CACAGUAUUCUGACAAAGGUUGUCUGUUUUGUUUCGCUGAUAAGUGAUCGUGAAUAAAAACGUCGUAGCAUUGCUUUUUUGUAAAGAAAACUUACACAAAUUGUCGAGUUUUUCGAGAGGAGUGAAUUAAAAGUCUUAAGGCGAAAUGGAGAACUCCUCUAGCAGCUGUGGAUCAGCGACGUCUAACAGCUUGGAUCGCCUUAAAAUGCUUUAUCCUUUCGUUAAUGAAGAGGACACGCCACUGCCUCGCUGUUGGAGUUCUAAAGAUAAAUACAAUUUCAUUGGCCUGUCACAAAAUAAUCUUAGAGUUCAUUAUAAAGGUUACGGAAAAACACACAAAGAUGCUGCAAGUGUAAGAGCUACUCAUCCUAUUCCAUCAGCAUGUGGUCUGUAUUAUUUUGAAGUAAAAAUUGUCAGCAAAGGACGAGAUGGGUAUAUGGGAAUUGGUCUGUCAGCUCAAGGAGUUAACAUGAAUCGGUUACCUGGCUGGGAUAAACAUUCUUAUGGUUAUCAUGGUGAUGAUGGUCACUCGUUUUGCUCAUCUGGUUCUGGUCAACCUUAUGGACCAACUUUCACAACAAACGACGUCAUCGGCUGUGGAGUCAAUCUCAUCGAUAACACUUGCUUUUACACAAAGAAUGGACACAAUCUUGGAACGGCCUUUGCCGACUUGCCUUCAAACCUGUACCCCACCGUUGGAUUACAGACUCCAGGAGAAAUUGUAGACACCAACUUUGGUCAGUCUCCCUUUGUAUAUGACAUCGAAGAUGAUAUGAGAGAACUCAGGGCGCGUGUUGCAUCCACCAUUCUUAAUUACCCCAUUCCCGACAAACAAGGUCAUUGGGAAGCUUCAUUACAAAGAAUGAUAGCCACAUAUUUAGUACAUCAUGGUUAUUGUUCAACGGCUGAAGCGUUUGCACGAUCCACCGGUCAAGAGUUCGGUGAAGAAGUAGCUUCAAUAAAAAAUAGGCAACGAAUCCAACGUCUGGUGUUGAGUGGAAGGAUGGGCGAAGCAAUUGAGACUACACAGACUUUGUAUCCGACCCUUCUUGAUUCUCGUCCCAACUUGUUGUUUUUGUUGAAAGUUCGGCAGUUCAUUGAAAUGGUUGGCGGGUCGGAUUCAGAAGUUCGUUCAACAACCAACAGAAGUCCGAAAUCACAAAAUUCUGGUAGUCCAAGCAUGAGCCCAAAUUAUGGUGGAUUCGGAACUUCACAGGGAGCUCACUCCAGUUUAAGGUCUCGUUCGAGAUCACGAAGCUCGAGUCCCGGUCAUUCUUCAGUACAAACAUCAGUUAUUCAAUCCACUAAAGCUUUUUCUCAACAUCUCAAUGGGUCAUCUGCAACUGCUGCGUCAUCAGAUAUGCAGGAAGAAACGGAUAAUGACGUGGAAAUGAAUGGAGCCUCACAGAACGGUUCACAUUCUGGUACUGGGGAGACACUGGUAGAUCCUGGCGUAAAAGAAGACAGCAUCCUUGAAAUGGAAGUUGAUGUCGCAGGUCCCAGCAAUUGCACACGACGCCAAUUAUGUGGUGGCAACCAGGCAGCGAUGGAGAGGACACUUGACUUCGGCAAAGAGUUGCAAACCCUUAGUGUCACUCUUCGAAGACAACACGGAAAGAACGAUGCCAAUAAAAAGAUGUUAAGGGAUGCCUUUAGCUUAUUGGCGUAUGCCGAUCCUUGGAAAAGCCCAGUUAGCGAACAGCUUGACCCCGUCCAGCGAGAACCCGUUUGUGCUGCUCUCAACUCAGCCAUAAUGGAGUCUCAUCACUUACCCAGAAGGCCCCCCAUGGAGCUGGCCAUUGGACAUGCCAGAGAACUUUUGCGACUCAUGGCCCAGAACGGUCUCGGCUCGUGCGCCUUUGCUAAUAUUGAUCAUCUAUUGCAACCUUAGUUAAUAAUUUCAUUCGGCCAAGAAAUGUGCGAAUGCGAACUGUGUUGUCUGAUGUUUAUUUUUGCGUUUUUUUUUUUCUGUCCUGCUGUUUCCCUCUUAACUGUGAAUCCCAAUCAACCAAACAAACUAAAAAAUAACACUAUAUAAAAAAAAGCUACAAAGUUUCUUUGUAUACCCACAUUACACAUUUGGGCUGAUUCAUUCAUUUCUGUUACACAUUGGGUGGUAGAUUCGUGUGUUUGAAUCUGAUGGUCUUCUCUCUCAUCUCUCACUUUUGUUUAUUUUGUAUCGUUUCUGGCAGACAUUGCCGGUGUGCAAAUGUCUUUAAAAGUGUGUAGUACAUUGACAACUAAAGAGUACACUGAUCACGAAGAA